AUGGAAGUAGAUUUUGAGUCCAAGUGUGUGCAGGUCCCAAAAAACAUUGCUGUGUUGUUGAAUGAUGGGAUGUCUUCCGAAUGGGUGCAGGCCUUAGUUUCUGUCAAAAAUGAUGUCAUUGGCAGCAACCGGGAGAAGAUCCUAACCAUUCAGCAUGGCUUAGUACCAAGACUGCUGAGAUGGAUCUCUGAUGAGUCUGUCAGUGCGGAUCUGAAGACAGAAAGUGCAAUCAUCCUGGGCAGCUUGUCUAAAGGGACCCCGGAGAUUAUCAGGAGUCUGAUCAAUGAGAAGACUGUGCCUGUUUUAUUGAAGUCAAUGACAAACCUGAACUUGCGAUACACUGAAGCUAUACUCAGAUGCAUGAGGUCCAUUUUUCUUGUCAGUCCUGAAUCUGUGGAGUGUCUCUACGAGGAACAUCAGUUUGAGGGAACAUACAUUCCACACCUGCUGAGUUUGGUGCCUUGUUCAGUUGUGUGUCAGGAAUGCAUCAGCAUCAUCAUCGAGAAAGCCUGUCUGACGAGAGAGCACCAGAUGUAUCUCCUGGAGAACAACACACUGAGUGUCCUGUCCCCGUUGCUGAGUUCGGAGUUCUACAAGGUGCAGAUGCCCACCCUCAGAUGUUUUGCCAACAUGUGUUACAAGAAUCCAGCUGUCUGUGCUGCCGUGGCCGCUGAACCAAAUCUGAUUCAAGUUUUUGUAGAGCUGAUGGCCAGAGACAAACCAUCAGAAAUGCAAAUGGCUGCAGCGAAAGUCCUGACCUACUUACACCGGGGUGGAGCAAUACCAGCGACCGAUCCCAUCAUUAGUCGAAAGACUCUAGGAACUCUGGCAAGGAUGUGCAAACGAGACAGACCUUUAGAAGAAAAUGUCAAGGGGGCAGAAACUCUGGCAUACCUGGUGGAGGCCGACCCUGAUCUUCAAGCAAUCGCCAGCAUCACCGAUCACCUGAUCAGUGUCCUGGCCAACUACUUGACCUACAAGGACGUCAAGAAGGUUUCCUCAUCUGAUCAAAAAGAAGUUGACUGGGGCUGUGAGAUGAAGAGAGCAGCCUAUCUGGCAUUCGCUUCGGUGUGUGCUAAUGACGAGGAGAUCAGGGACAAGGUGAUCAAGAAAGAAGGACUGAUAGAACAGAUCCUAGCUUCCAUGAACAGUGUCAAUGAGGGUGAGGUGGCAGCAAGCCUCCGGUGCCUGCAGUCCCUGACACGGUCUGUCCAGCAGAUCAGGACCGUGUUAAAUGACAACGCAGUCUGGAAACCACUUAUCCAGAUGGUGCAGUCUAACAACCGAGAAAUUAUGGUUCUUGCCAUGACUUGUUUAUGCAAUCUGGCCUUAGAUUUUAGCCCCAGCAAAGAUGCCCUGUUACAGAAUAACGCAGUGGAGUUCUUGAGUCAGUGCAGCAGCAGUACAGACAACACAGUCCGCCUCAAUGCCGUAUGGGCCAUUAUGUCAUUGACAUACUGUGCAUCGGAACCGUUACGUGUCAGGAUCAUCAGCAGCCUGGGCACAGAGAAAUUGCUGAAGAUCAUUGAGGACCCUAUCUUGUUGAUCCGGCAAAAGGCCUUGUGUAUCGUCCGCAACUUAUUGACUUCUCUGCAUGACUGUGAAGACAGGGAUGUGAUGCUGCAGAGAGUCCUGCGAGAGAGGUGCACCUCUGAUAGAACGGUCAUAGACAGGAUGGUGAAGCUGCUGGGUAGUGAGGUGAUAGAGGCCGUGUUCCGGACAGUUCGAGACCCGACCUUGCCUGUUUAUGUAUUAGAGCAGGCCCUGUGUAUUGUGAGCAACAUGGCGGAUGGUCCCUGCUGUAAGGAACAUAUCAUUGGCAAAACUGAAGAGCUCCAGUCUGUGCUGAAAUAUCUGGAGAAAGAUUCCUACCCAGACUACCAGCCUGUGACCCGUCUGCAGCUUCCUGUGUUACAGUUUAUCACAAACAUCAUAGACAUCUCCGAAGAUGCAGCUUCCCAGCGACUCAUGAUCCUCAAGAAUUUAGGCGUCCAGCGUAUCCUAGAGGAAGUCAGCUACAAAAAAGAUCUCCAGAAAAG